UCUAUGGUCCCGGCGGGCCAGAGCGGCGCCGGAAGCGGAGGGAGGGCGGCGAUGGCGCUGGACCCGCGCUGGCCGCUGGCGCUCGCCCGCGGCGCCGUCCCGGUGGCGCUGGGGCUGCUGCUGUGGGUGGCGAUCGCGGGCGGCGAGCAGGAGCGGCAGCAGACGCUGAAGGCCCAGCCCGGGGCGGACGCGACUCUGGCGCAGCGGCGGCGCCACAACGAGCUGAUCAUGGCGGCGCUGCGCGAGGCGGCCGAGACCGACGAGAACGUGGCGCAGCGGGCGGUGCCGUGGCGGAAGUGACGUCAGCACCGGGAGCCGCUCUCCCGCCGUUUCCCGGUGACCCCCGCAUUCCCCCGGAACCAUCAGCGCUGGGCGCGGUCGCGCCCGGAACUCUUUCGCGCGGCGCGCCCGGACUGCAAUAAAUAACGG